AUGCAACCACCAGCGGUUCUGCCGACAUCAAUUGUAGUCCCGGACUUCAUUUUGCGUACGUCGUCCUACGUGUGGUAUUAUUGUCAAAACUUCGUAAAUGCAAUUCCCGGAAGUCAUUAUGUGGUCGAUUACGUGAAACGUUCGCACCAACACGAUCCGUACCGGACUAUGGUCGAGAUUUUUCUGAUUAUUUAUGGUAUCGUGUAUUUUCUUCGGAAACCUCGAAAACAGGGCUUCCAAGCAGGUCCAAAACUUACCGAUAGAGAGACCGACGCUUUACUGGACGAAUGGCAACCUGAACCAGUGACACAGAGUAGUUCCAAAGUUGAAUGGCGCACAGAAAAGAUUCCUGUGGUUUUGACGUCCAGCUCGAAGACUUACAUCGACUUGUCGCGUAACAACGGUGCCGAGCUGUAUGAGAAUGUCCUAAACUGCUGCUCCAACAACUUCUUGCAAAUUACGUCCGAACCGGACGUUUUGCAAGUCGCCAAGAACUCUAUUCACAAAUGUGGUGUGGGUGCUUGUGGACCAGCCGGGUUUUACGGUAAUUUGGACGUGCACACCCACCUCGAAUAUGAUUUGGCUCGGUUUUUCAACACUGAAAAUGCAGUGUUGUACGGUCAAGAUUUUUGUAUAGCUACCUCCGUUAUCCCUGCUUUCACCAAACGUGGUGAUGUCAUUGUCGCAGACGACAGAUGUAGCGUUUCGAUACAAAACGCACUGCAAUUGAGUCGCUCCACAGUUUACUACUACGACCACAACGAUAUGGAUGCCUUGGAAGAUCUAUUGCAACAACUUCAAGAGCGAGAACUCAAGGACAAAUUACCUGCUUUGCCAAGAAAAUUUAUCGUCACCGAAGGUUUGUUCCACAAUUUAGGUGAUAUCCCACCACUUCCCAAACUUGUGGAGUUAAAAAAUAAGUACAAGUUCAGGCUUCUCGUGGACGAAACAUUCUCACUGGGUGUUCUAGGGUCUACCGGACGUGGUAUCACGGAGCAUUUCAACCUCGAUCGUCAAAGCUCGGUUGAUAUCACCAUUGGAUCUUUAGCUACCGCUUUGGGCUCGUCCGGUGGGUUUGUUCUUGGCGAUUCCGUUAUGUCAUUGCAUCAAAGAAUUGGAUCACACGCUUACACUUUUUCUGCCUCGCUUCCAUCUUUCACGGUCACAGUGGGGUCGGAAGUGCUAAGACGUUUGGAAAAGGAUAACUCGGCGGUCCAAAGACUGCGCCAGUUGUCAAAUCGGAUGCAUCAUUUCUUCCGCGAAGACAAAACCCUCAAAGAAAUUGUCGAAGUUACAUCAGACAAUGACUCAAGUGUUUUGCAUUUAAGGCUAACUGAGGACUUAAGAAUUAAAAAGUUCAAUUACACAGAGGAGUCUUUUUACAAAGAGAUCAGCGUCAUGCAUAGCAAGUAUCUGACCGACAAACACAUUGACUAUUACGAAACGGAGGAAAAGUUUCUUCAAGAGAUCGUUGACUAUUCAUUGAAGGAGUUUAACGUCUUGAUAAGCCGGAACACCUUCGUUCUCAAGCACGAGACGUUGCCAAUUAUUCCUAGCUUGAAAGUAUGCUGCGGUUCCAAGAUGAGCGACCAAGAACUCUUACGUGCUUGCGAAAGUGUGAAAAAGGCGGUUGUCUACAUUGUUACUCAGGAAAAUUGA